UGUGCUAAAGCUGGAGGCUGCGCUGCUGGAGCCGCUGGAGCUACGGGGUUGGGGAGCGCUGAGCGGGUUUGAGAGGCUGUCAGGAGGAUCCUGCUGAAGCUUUUGCUCUGACGCUUGACCUGUUAAACUUAAGGAAAAAAGAAAGAAAGAAGCUCGUCUUCCCACCUUUCUCUCUCUCUCCCUCUCUCUAUCUCUCUGUCUCUCGUUCUCUCUCUCCCUGUCCUCUGCAGCUGGGACAGCAGGCAGUGCGUUCUCAGGAGCGAGUUCCCCCUGACAGUGUCCAGAGUGUCCGCGAGGAUAAACACCAUGACCUGCUAGCAACAUACAGAGCACGAUGGACAGACAAUAACAAAGAGUUACAUCAGGGGCGCAGUGUUGGUCCGUUAUGACAAGAUACUGUGCAGAAGAUGGCCACCCUUUCUGCGACUGAUAUCAGUGAUGUUGGUCAUGGGGAGAGUCUGGGCUGUGUCACUGAGGAGGGCUCUUCAGUAGCAGAAGUGAAACAUGAAGUUCAUUCUUCUUCCAGUCAGCCAACUUCGUUCUGCAGUUCUCCCAACGAACUGAGCGACUCACUGGUCAUGGAGCCCAUCGACAUCAAACCGGAACCCUCCGCCGACACACCCGUAGCAGAGGGUCAGCCGGUGAAGAGGAAGAAAGGCCCUGCUCCGAAGAUGCUGGGGAACGAGGUGUGCAGCGUGUGCGGGGAUAAGGCCUCGGGCUUCCACUAUAACGUGCUGAGCUGCGAGGGCUGUAAGGGCUUUUUCAGACGCAGCGUGAUUAAAGGGGCGCAGUACGUCUGCAAGAACUCCGGACGCUGCGAGAUGGACAUGUACAUGCGCCGCAAGUGCCAGCAGUGCCGGCUGCGCAAGUGCAGGGAGGCGGGCAUGCUGGAGCAAUGUGUGCUCUCAGAGGAGCAGAUCCGGCUGAAGAAGAUGAAAAAGCAGCACGAGGAUGAAGCAGGGCGGAGCUCGACUGUGGCGGCCCCCAGUCCGGCCCCGGAGGUGGCCCCGCUGGCUCCUGAACAGCAGGAGAUGAUUGAGAAGCUGGUGUCCAUGCAGAAACAGUGCAACAAACGCUCAUUCAUCGACCGGCUGAAAGUCACUCCGUGGCCGCAGAGUCAGGACCCGAUGAACCGAGAGGUGCGACAGCAGCGCUUCGCUCAUUUCACAGAGCUGGCGAUCAUGUCGGUGCAGGAGAUCGUAGACUUUGCUAAACAGCUGCCUGGUUUCCUGGAACUCACACGAGAGGACCAGAUCGCCCUGCUGAAGACCUCCACCAUAGAGAUCAUGCUGCUAGAGACGUCUCGACGCUACAACCCAUCGAUUGAGAGCAUCACGUUCCUCACUCCGGACUUCAGCUACAACAAGGACGACUUCGCCAAAGCAGGGCUGCAGAUCGAGUUCAUCAACCCCAUCUUCGAGUUCUCUAAGGGCAUGAACGACCUGCACCUGGACGAGGCAGAGUACGCACUGCUCAUCGCCAUCAACAUCUUCUCAGCAGACCGGCCCAAUGUGCAGGAUCAUGAUUUAGUGGAGAAGCUCCAGCAGCCGUACGUGGACGCCCUGCAUUCGUACAUCAGGAUAAAGAGACCCAAUGAUCACCUGAUGUUCCCGCGCAUGCUGAUGAAGCUGGUGAGUCUGCGCACCCUCAGCAGCGUGCACUCUGAGCAGGUCUUCGCUCUGCGGCUGCAGGACAAAAAACUCCCGCCUCUGCUCUCCGAAAUCUGGGACGUCCACGAAUGAACCCCCAGCCGGCCCGCGGGACUGAGUGCGGAGCGGAGCAGGAUCGGGGUAAUAUAGGGGAGAAGAGCCUCACACUGUCCUUCAGGCCCAGGACGUCUUUCUGUGUUGUGGACUCGGGCUUAUCUUCCUAUUUACGUACUGUAGUUCUCUCCUGUGCAGGAUACAGCGGUCAGUGAUCUGAUAUAGACAGUGUGGCCAGAUCGGGCUUUGGGAUUUGGGCUUGGGUAAAUUUUGCGUUGGCAGUUCUGGUUUCUUCAGCGUUGGAAAACUAGGAUUUAGACGUUUCGGACCCAGAAAAUUGCUCACUGGAAUGAAUGAAUUAAUGAAUGAAUGAAUGAAAGAAUGACUACAAAUGACUUGUUUUAAGGUUAUUGUAAGAUUAUCCUUCUUUUUUCCUUUUUUUUCCUCCCCUAUUUCCCAAAACCCAAUCCUCAGGUCUAAGCAGGUCUUGGUAAUGGUCCCCAGUCUUAUAAUGAUGAUUAUUGUGGCUUUUUUUUUUUCUCUUCCCUGUAGCCACAUUUUCACAGUCAGAACUCAGGAACAAAUAUCAAGCUAAAUUAAUCUCUAGGAAAACACAUAAUGGUUAAUUCACUAAAAAUUAAUUGCAAUUCAAUACUUGGUCUUGGUCUGCGUCCCAAUUAUAUACCACACACACACUAAUACUACUGUAUAGUACUAUAAGGUAUAGAGUAUAUACUGAACUCUUUAAUAGUGAAGAAAAUUUGGCUGGUUAUCCCUUUGUGGCAUGGUGUUGCCUUCAGGCAACAAACCAUUUUUUUUUUAUUAUUACACUGUCUACCUUAUUUUUUUAUUUUUUUAUGUAAAGAAAUAUAUUUAAAAAUUCUGUUUUAAAGCCCAUUCUGGCUGUUAUAUGUUUUCAUUUACCUCCUUAAACGGCUUAAUUUUUAAUAUGUUGCCUCAGGGCAACAUUAUGCACUGCCUCACAAGGCAAACAUGGUAAAGAAAUGGUUCUUUGUUUUUCGAUGAUAUAUGUAUAAGGGUCCCACACGUUGCUAAAAAGUGAGCUUAUUUUUUUUAUUAUUUUUUUUAACUUUAUAAAUAUAUUAAAAAAAAUCAUGCUACAGAGGGUUAACCAGUACUGGGCGAUUAUUAUUAUGGUAAAAAUAGUAAUAUAUUUGCGUGAUGCACAGUAUUUUGAAACAGGCAAAAUGUGUAAGCAGAUUCUUAAGAACUGCUAAUUAAAUGCUUCACAAAAAAAAGAACAGCUAGUUAAACCUACACUCUUAACCUGCUCUGUGAAUGUAGCUUCAACAAUUCUUGACUAAAGGACAUGAAAUGUUAAAAAGUUGAAAAAAGAGGCACAAUUGAAAGCUAUUUUGUGCACUACUACACUAUACUAGUGCAUCUCAAAAAAAUUACACAGUAUUACACAGAGAGUGAUCUAUUUUAAGAGUUUAUUUCUUUUAUUGUUGAUGAUUAUGCUUACAGCCUUUGAAAACCCAAAAAUCAGUGUCUCAGAAAAUUAGAAUAUUAUAAAAGACCUAUUGGUACUUUUGGCAGUGUGGGCAGUGUGCCAAGUCCUGCUGGAAAAUGAAAUCUGCAUCUCCAUAAAAGUUGUCAGUAGCAGAGAUUCAGCAUGAAGUGCUGUAAGAUUUUGUGUGAAAACAAAACUGCACUGACUUUAGACUUGAUAAUAAAACACAGUGGAUCAACAGCAGCAGAUGACAGACAUGUCUCUCCAAACCAUCACUGAUUGGUGGAAACUUCACACUAGACCUCGAGCAGUUUGGACUGUGUGUCUCUCCACUCUUCCUCCAGACUCUGAUCCCUUGAUUUCCUUUAAAUGAAAUGUAAAAUUUACUGAUGAUCAGUGAUGAUUUAGAGAGUCAUGUCAAUCAUCUGCUGGUGUUGAUCCACUGUGUUUUAUUAUCAAGUCUAAAGUCAGUGCAGUUUUGUUUUCCCACAAAAUCUUGCAGCACUUCAUGCUUCCCUCUGCUACUGACAACUUUUAUGGAGAUGCAGAUUUCAUUUUCCAGCAGGACUUGAAUUUUCAUUAGCUGUAAGCCAUAAUCAUCAAGAAUAAAAGAAAUAAAUGCUGUUCGAGUUUCACAUUUUGAACUGAAUUACUGGAAUAAAGUGACUUUUUUUCAAAGAUAUUCCAUUCCAGCAGAUUCAGAUGGUUUUGUGAGAACUGUGUUAAAUAUAGGUGUUCUAAGAUGUGAACGGGCCAGUCUACUAUCUUUCUGCUUCGAUCUACUUGCGUCCAGGUUUUGACUGUGAAAAUGUGGCUAACAUUUCUGAAUUCUGAACUGCCUGGUCGGUUUUAUACAUACAUACAUUUUUCAUACAUUAUUCAUUUACACAAAACAUGAUCAUGCACAUACAGUAUGUUUAUAUACAGAUAUUGUACUGUGGACUCUCUGAUGCUUGGUGAUGGAUAUACUAGAUAUGUUGUGAUAAAUGCUUCAUACAAUCUGAUGCUCAGUAAGUACAGAGUGAAGGUGGUGGUGGUGAUAAAAUGCAAUCUCGGUUCAUAUAUGAGAGAGAAAAAGAGAGGAAAAAGAAUCCAGUGAGCUUCUUUACAGGGAUUGAUGGCAGGAGUCACUGGACCUGUCAGCCUAAACCAGUAUGCUGCUCAAUUUACAAACCUGCAAACCUGCUGGCUGGCAAAAAAAAAAUCAUUGUGAAGAAGUCCUAGAACUGUUAUAAAUAGGCCUAGGCUAGGUUUAAUUAUUUGUUUUACAGCAGCCGUUAAUUCAGUUUACUGCAAUUUACACUUCAUCAUACCACAAGUUCAUUGUUUUACUUCAGGUAGAGUUUUAUAUGAUAUUAACAGUUCAUUCUAUUACUGUUUGACCUCAGUGUCCUGAUAUUUGUUGCAAAAACAGUGGUUUAAUAUAUAAAUAUGGGUCUUCCGGAAAAAAAAGGGGGUUAAAUUUCAGUUUUCAGUGUGAUUUCUUUAUUCAGACCUUUCAGAACUAUGUUGACUCUAAUGCUAUGUUAGCUUUCUGUGUGCUUUCUGCUUUUUAUGUGCAUACCCUUCUUUAUCCACCGUUUUCCGCUACCAAUCAGUCGGCAACAUUGCAGGGUAGUUUUUAUUUGUUUUGACCACUUUAGCUGUAAUCGGAUGGUAUUGGGUUUACAUGGGGAGGUGGAGUAAUACAUUUUAACUGGUGUUUUUACUACAGAACAUCUGUAAAAAUAUGUAUGAACGAUUUGCAUGGUAUUAGAGAGAAAGAAUUUUUCAGUAGAAGUGAAUGCGUUGGGUGAUGUAAGACUUGGAUGAAGAUGCUUGGCCAUGGAAAUCCAAUCCAUUAAGUGAAAUAAUUAAUUUCAUUGAACAAAUAAUUAAUAAAUAAGAGUAAAAUUAGACAUUCUGGUCAUUCGUAUAAUGGGAUACAUUUAUGGCAAUAUUUCUUUUUUUUUUUUUUUUUUUUUUUUUAGAUGGAUUUUAAUAAAAUAGAAAUAUUUAAUGUUUUUCGUGUGUGUGUUUUGAGCAUGUGGUGAAAUUUGAUGUUUAAAAUAGACAUAUCAAUAAUAAUAAUUUUCAGAUUUAAAGUUUAAAUUCAAAAGCACAUUUUACCACCUCACAAGUUUAAAACACACAAAAACAGCAUUGUUAAAAUUAAAAUGCAUGAAUAGACCUUCAGGUUUUUUUUUUUUUUAUCACAGUUUUCAUGCAUCUUGGCAUGUACUCCUCCACUAGUCUUACACACUGCUUUUAGAUAACUUUAUGCUGCUUUACUCCUGGUGCAAAAAUUCAAGCAGUUCAGUUUGGUGGUUUGAUGGCUUGUUAUCAUCCAUCUUCCUCUUGAUUAUAUUCCAGAGGUUUUCAAUUUGGUAAAAUCAAACAAACCAUUUUAACUACUUAAACCAGGUAAAAAACACCGCUUUAAAAUCCUAUAACAGCUUUUAAGCUCCAUACAUAAAAAUAAAACACUGAUAAAUUGCAUUACUCCACCUUUCCCUCAGGUAAAACUAAUCCAGUCCCAAUAAGGCUUUUGUUGUUUUGACUACUGCAGAUCAGUGAUAUGUUUGUGGUGGUGAUUCUUUAAUAAUUUGAAUUAGAUCUUUAAUGAACUAUAUUUAUUGUUACCUUAUUAUUACGAUAUUACGUAUUUUGCAUUGCAUCCUGUUAGAAAAAGGCCUACUCUGCCUCGGGUUAGGUGGACGAAUCAGCUUUGUCCUUUCCUCAGAGCACCAAACAACCAACAGUGUGUAAAAAACAAAACAAAAAAAAACAUACAGAUAACCUCAGAAUAGCUACAGUACAGGAGUCAGUGGUACAGUAGCUCUUAUAGGAGUUACAAUGAGUAACACCGAGCACUUUAUAUAGAGUGCAGGAUGCUGGGCUUGGAGUUAUAGGCUAGACACAAAUCAAUGCAAAUCUCUAAGAUGUUACUUUAUUAUUUUUUUUUGUAAUAGUACUGUUAUUAUCACUGUUGUUAAUAUUAUUCAUUAUUCAGAAUUCGUAUUGUUCAUUGUUUCAACACAGGAUUUUUUAUAUUUUCUAUUUAAAAACCCAAAUUUAGGAAUAAUACAUAGUGAACAUACAGAGUUAAAAAAAAUACAUUGAUUAUUAAUUAAAUUAUAUCUAAUUUUAUCCCAUUUUCUACCCAAUUUGGAAGUCCAACUACCCAAUUCCCAUUAACAUCAACUCCUAACUCAAGGAGAGUGAAGACCGGCACAUGCCUCCUCUGAUACUCUGAUGUGAAUGCAGACUCCGCCUCUUUGCAAAUUGUCACCAAUCAAUAAUGCGUCAAAACUACAGGCUAACCGAAACCUAAAUGCACAAUCGGAGGAAAAAAGAGCUUCAUCACUCUAUUAGCAUUUUUCUCCACUUAAUUUUGAACCUGUUGCUGUGUUUCCACCAACAAAAGUAGGUUUCAGAACCAGGAACGGUUGCUUUCAGUGGGAUCUAAAGAAUACUAGGUUCUUCAGCGCGAACUGUGACCGCUUCUGUUCACCACCGCUGUGCCACGCCCUUUGAUGAUGAUGUAUGAUGUGGCAUUUUGUUGUUUUUCACUAAAACUGGUGGAAGCGUGGGUUCGAUUAACUAAAAAGCACCAUGGUUCUUAUAAGCUGGUUCAGAUACCAAAGCUCUUUUGGUGGAAAAUCGCUCUAGGAGAUAUCUACCCACCCAGAAGAGAGCACGGCCAACUGUAUGCGCUCUCUCUGACUCUGGCUGCUGAUGCCAAGCAGCGUAAUCCAGGCAUAAGAUUUAAAACUAAACCCUUGUGCCACCAGAACAGCUCUGAUGCAUUGAGGUAGACUCAUUCUGUGGUGUCUGGCAAUAAGGUUAUAUUCGCCCAAUAAGUACCAAUAUCCUAGACUUCAUUCUUCCAAAUAAAUCAAAUUACUGAAUAAUUAAUUUAGAAUAAAGAGUUAAGUAAUUAUUAUUAGGUAAUUUCGUGCUUUGCUUGUAUGUCUGCUAGGAUAUUAACCAUGUCCAGUGUUUAAAAAAUAUUUAAAAAAAGUAAAAAGACAACAAUGCAUUUAGGCGAUUUAAUUUAUUAAUCCUUGAAAUAAUUGAUACAUUAAAAAAAUCACAUUUGGUUUUCUGUUUUUGAAAAAAAAAAAAUCAUAUUUUUCUUUUUAAUUUUCACUUCAGUACAUCCAUAAUAUGAACCUUAUGUGCUAAAACUUGACCUGAGAACUUGACGCAUUUUUUUUUUUCUUUCUGCAUUCUCUGUAGUGCUGACUUUUGGGACUCUUAUUUUGAAAUAUUUUGUUGAUGUCAGCAAUGUCUGUUUCUUUAACAAUUUACAGUUUAGUUUAAUUGUUAAAAUGCUGUUUGGGAGACUGAUUAAUUGAUUUGCAUUGAAACUAAAGCCUUUUAUCUAAAAAUGGGGAUAAAGAACAAUGUUUGAGAAAUUAGGAAAGAAAGCAUACUAAUAUAUAUCAAAAUAUAUAUAUAUACGCACAGAUCAAGCAUAACAUUAUGACCACCUCCUUUAUUCAUACAAUGAUAGAUAAUAGGUGUUGAAACAAGGAGGUUGCAAUACAUGUAUGCUUGAUUGGUGUACAGUAUAUUAGUAUAUUGUAUUAGUGAACCUGUGUGUUAUCCUUUGAGCUGUACGUCAGUCCAUGAAUUAAAUAAAUAUAUUUUGUUUUUAAAGCCCCAAAUAUAGGAAACACUUUCAGUUGUAACUCAAUUUCACAGCAGUGUUACAUCAGCCUGCGCUUUUAUUAAUGUUUGCAUUUAACAGAAUGGUAAUGACCCGACCGAGCGAGCGUUCAGUACAGGGCUGAUGAUUGUAAUAAUAAUUUAUUUUCUAUGUCCAGCUGGGCAGACCUUUACUCUUCAAUUAACCUGACCUCCUGUGGUGUGGCAUCUAAAUAUGGGUGAUUAUAGGAACGUGAUCUUCUGUUUUAACGCCUUAAGUCCUUGGAUAAACUGCUUUAUAUGUGUAAAUUAAAAUUCUGACAAAUUUUAUUGUUAUAAAUAUAUAUAUAUAUAUUUGUUUGUUGAACUGAAAAGCUGAGAAAUGUAGAUGACUAAACACCUCAACUAUUCUUUAUACAGAGAUAUAUUGACCUGAAACAUGGAACUGCUCACUGUCUGUCUUUUUAUUCUUCUGCAGUUUUUCAUAGAUUGAGUUUACCUUGUAAAUAAACUUGAAAGUCAA